UGCAGCCUGGUUAUCACAUGACUCCACAGUAGCCGUGGCAGCCGGCUCCGCGGGUUCCCGGGUGGGCUCAGGUCCGCGCACGCCGCAGCCCGGAGCAGGGGGCGGGGAGGUACCCGGCGCAGCCGCCGCUCCCCUGGCACGCGGUGUCCCUCCCGAGCCGCCCGCCCGCUCCAUGUCUCUGGGUUGCGGAAGUGUCUCCUCGGGAGGUGGCGGCGGCUGUCGGGAGCGCGGGAGGCCGGGGCUCGGCCCCCUGCAGCACUGAGCUCCCGGAGCCGCACGGUGCGCCCCGGCGGCCCGGCUCCGGUGCGCCCGGCGCCUGCCGCAGCCCGCAUGCCCAGCGCUGCGCAUCGCCCCGCAGCGUCCUGCUCGCCCGGCGGCGGCCGGGCUCCGGAGUAAUAUGCUCACUCGGGUGAAAUCUGCCGUGGCCAAUUUCAUGGGCGGCAUCAUGGCUGGCAGCUCCGGCUCCGAGCACGGCGGCGGCGGCUGCGGAGGCUCCGACCUGCCGCUGCGCUUCCCCUACGGGCGGCCGGAGUUCCUCGGGCUGUCUCAGGACGAGGUGGAGUGCAGCGCCGACCACAUCGCCCGCCCUAUCCUCAUCCUCAAGGAGACCCGGCGGCUGCCCUGGGCCACUGGCUACGCAGAGGUUAUCAAUGCCGGGAAGAGCACACAUAAUGAGGACCAGGCCAGCUGUGAAGUACUCACUGUGAAGAAGAAAGUGGGGGCCAUUACCUCUACCCCGAACAGAAACUCCAAACGAAGGUCAUCCCUUCCCAACGGGGAAGGGCUGCAGCUCAAGGAGAACUCCGAGUCCGAAGGUGUCUCCUGCCACUACUGGUCCCUAUUUGAUGGUCACGCAGGCUCAGGGGCCGCCGUGGUGGCAUCACGCCUGCUGCAACACCACGUCACGCAGCAGCUGCAGGACAUCGUGGAGAUCCUGAAGAACUCUGCCGUCCUUCCCCCGACUUGCCUGGGCGAGGAGCCGGAGAACACACCCGCCCACAGCCGCACCCUGACCCGCGCCGCCUCUCUGCGUGGAGGGGUGGGUGCCCCCGGCUCCCCCAGCACACCACCCACGCGCUUCUUCACCGAGAAGAAGAUCCCGCAUGAGUGCCUGGUCAUUGGGGCCCUGGAGAGCGCCUUCAAGGAGAUGGACCUACAAAUAGAGCGAGAGAGGAGUGCAUAUAAUAUAUCCGGAGGCUGCACAGCCCUCAUUGUGGUUUGCCUUUUGGGAAAGCUGUAUGUGGCAAAUGCCGGGGACAGCAGGGCCAUAAUCAUCAGAAAUGGAGAAAUCAUCCCCAUGUCUUCGGAAUUCACCCCUGAGACUGAGCGACAGCGACUUCAGUACCUGGCAUUCAUGCAACCUCAUUUGCUGGGAAAUGAGUUCACACACUUGGAGUUUCCAAGGAGAGUUCAAAGAAAGGAACUUGGAAAGAAGAUGCUCUACAGGGACUUUAAUAUGACAGGCUGGGCAUACAAAACCAUUGAGGAUGAUGACUUGAAGUUUCCCCUUAUAUAUGGAGAAGGCAAGAAGGCCCGGGUAAUGGCAACUAUUGGAGUGACCAGGGGACUUGGGGACCAUGAUCUGAAGGUUCACGACUCCAACAUCUACAUAAAACCAUUCCUAUCUUCAGCUCCGGAGGUAAGAGUCUAUGAUCUCUCCAAAUUCGAGCACGGAGCAGAUGAUGUGCUGAUCUUGGCCACCGAUGGACUCUGGGAUGUUUUAUCAAAUGAAGAAGUAGCAGAGGCUGUCACUCAGUUUCUUCCUAACUGUGAUCCAGAUGACCCUCACAGGUACACACUGGCAGCUCAGGACCUGGUGAUGCGUGCCCGAGGUGUCCUGAAGGACAGAGGAUGGAGGAUAUCAAAUGACCGGCUGGGCUCAGGAGAUGACAUUUCUGUAUAUGUCAUUCCUUUAAUACAUGGAAACAAACUGUCAUGAAAGUGACCCAGGGGAUUGGGAGGACAGAAGGGAAGAAAACUGGGAUGCCUCUGAGCAGAGCAGAACUAGGGAGUGCCUAGGCUGGUUCCAGGUGAUGCAAUUUCUUCCCAGCCCAGGUGGGGAAUUUGCUGCCAAAAAGCCUCUGGCUUUGCUUCAAGGUGACCCUUAGGUUUCCAUUUCUUCUUUAGUAACAGGUCUGGACACUGAAUAAGAACAAAACACAAAGCCUGCUACUGAGUGUUAUAUUUCUCUUGGUUUCUGUCAUAGGCCUCCUAGGUGGUUGUUACUGCCUAUUUGGGGCACAGGCAUCAAUUUAUUUAUUUUAUCUAGAAUAGCUGGGACAGCCAUUUCAGGUAUGACUGGCAGAAGACUCCUCAGCCUGUCAAGCUGCCAGCUUCUUUCCAGGUUCAGAACCGUAUUGAAAAGCUGGGGACCAUGCCUCAGAAACUGCAAGCGCUCAUCUUGUAAGAGUUCUUUCAGGGAUUCUGCCUUUCCCUGCCUCCCUCCCUCCCUCUCCUGUUUCUCUGUAUCCUUUUGUGAUAAUGAUGGGGUGAGGCAGGGAUUUUUUUUUUUUCUUAUUGACAUUCCUUAAAUCUUUCUCAGUUAUCUCCCAAGGAACAGGACUGGGACUUUCGAACUCUUUGCUGAGCAAUUUCCAUAUCAGAGACUGGUCAAGGUUGGGUUGUCCCAUGUCCUGUGUCCCAUGAACCCAUCCAACUGUCAGAGCAGUACUUGUGUGACAGGAUGUCUUUGUUGCAUAACAUUUGUUCCUGUGUUGUGUUUUCUUACCAAAUCAGUGAGUUUUCUUCCACACAUGGGUGUUUCUUUGGACCAACAGUUCCUCUGUUAUCUUUCAUAUCUCCAUGUAAGGCUGGAGGUUUUGCUAUGAGAAGCUGGAGUUAUAUUUCCGGAGUGGGUUGGUGCUCUCCCACUUUCUGUGUCCUGGGCGCAUGUAGAAAGCAGUGUUUAAUGUAGCAGUUUAAUGAGUUCUUGGCUUAGUCAGUUCACCAUGCCUCAUUCAAAGUCAGUUUGGGAUUCUCACUCCACAGGAGGUUUGAGUAUCAGAGUUCUAUCAAGCAGGAGCCCCUCUCUUGCUGUCUUUGUGCAAGGCCCACUCAGGAUGACCCUUGAAUAAAAGCAAAUUUGAAUUGGUAUUAGCCACUCUCAUGCUGUCCACACUGUUACUCAAGGAAAUCACAUUAUAGAAACCCAAGAGCUAAGACCCCUGUUCUCACUGUACAUCCAUCCUCUGUACAUACCUCAUAAAGACAGCAACAGCACACACAUGAGCAUCGUAUCUGCCCACUGCUUCUUUGCUAGGAAGAAUGACAAAGUCCCAAUUAAAGGUCAGCUGUCUCUUAGGCAGACUGCUGCCCUGCAAAGGGGCCUUCAGCAGCAUCUGAUUGCUUAGUCCUGUUCCUGUAGCGUUUCUGGGGUGUCAUCAAUAUUCUGACAGCUUGGUAUAAUUCAGAUGCUCUUGGAACUCAUAAAGAAAAAAGCUUAUUGGUGAGAUUUCCAAAAAUGCUUAAGAGGCAAUUCUAAGUCUUGUGUUUGUAAGAAUUCCUUCUCAGAAGAGAUGAGAGGAACCUUUCCUCCAGGCUUAUAAAUCACCCACAUUCCUAGAUUUGUAGGUAUUUUCUUAAGAAAGGCUUACCGUGGGGCUGAAGAGACAGCUCAGCAGUUAAGAGCACUGGCUGUUCUUGAAGAGGACCCCUGUUCAGUUCUCAGCAUCCACAUGAAGGCAAACAACCAUCCAUAACUCCAGUUCCAGGGGAUCCGACGCCCUCUUCUGGCCUUCAUGGGUAUUGCACAUGUGAGUGCACUACAUACAUGCAGGCAAAUACUCAGACACAAAAUAAUAAAACAAGAGAAAAAGGCCUAGUACCUUCCUACUCAGGAACAAACGCACCCUUCCAUGUAGAAUCAGAGCCCUGUCUGGCAGGUGACAUACUGUGUUGUAUUUGCCAACACACUGCCUGAAAAUUGAGCUGCCACCGUGUCAAGAUUCAUCUUCAUCUGACAGUGUGUCUUCCUCCUUUAGUGAGUCUUAGUCACCCCAGAUAUCUCUGUGGGGGAGCAGUUCAUUACAAACCACUCGCUUCCCUGGAAGAAUAUGAUGCUGUGGGAAGCUGUUCUGGUGGGCUACAGCAGUGUGGUCCUCGUUCCACUCCUGCCCCGGCUUUCAACAUUGAGGAUAGGAAUUGGAAACUUGAGAUUCCUUCAAGUCUUCUGUGGAGAACCUGAGCCACUUUCUUAGGAACAUUCCCAUGUCUCCAAUGUGGUCCACAUUUUUGCUUUUCUAACUUUUCCCUGGACCCUACCUUGAGCUUCACAUUCAAACCACCAGAGUCAGAAUUUGGGUAUAAAUAGCCUGUAGGUGCCAUGACAACCUUCUCUUCAAGUAACCAAUUCAUUUACUGCCAAGGCACAUCUCAGGAAAAAAAUACCUGGAAACUCCUCAUUGAAAUUAUCCUAAAACCUGGAGUAUUUAGCCUUGCUGGUUUUAGGUGGGAAGGUAUCCAGGAAUUCUCUUCAUAAGCCCCCAUGGUAGAAAGAUCUUAGUAGUAAGCUAAAGCCCUGUUUGUGUUUGGGGGAAGGGAAACAGACUACAAAUGAGGUAGAUAAAUCAAAAGUGGAAAAAGUGAUUUGUUAAUGCCUGUGGCAUAUCUACCCAGCAUUGAUAUUGCUCUGUGAAUUGGGCUUACUCUGUUUCGGCCUUACUGUUUACCCAAGCCCCAAGUCACCCUGUCCCAGAACAGUAACUGUCUAUGUAACAGGUUGGCCCUUAGAGCAUUCUAGAAAAGGUCAAAAGACAACACACAGAAUUCUGCAGAACGUAGUUAUACAUGUCUCAGAAAUUUUGUGUAUCUGACUUAGGGCCAACUCUGCUUGCCCUAAUAGCCUCAGAGGAAGCCUUGUGUAAUGAAAAGCAUUUGAUUUCCUAGUCAAGUCUUUAUGGGUGUCUUGGGGGUUGUGUGGUCACUUCAUUUAAUGAAAAACUCUUUCAGCCCUAAAUCUCUUUGCUGAGCUACCCCUGCUCUUCUGACGUUUGGCGACGCUCUUCACUGAAGAGUGUGGACUCUGCAGCACUCUGCUAGACGGCAACCAGAGCUUUGUUCUGACCAGAGGUCAGAACACUGUCAGCAGCCAAAGAGGUGGAAGGGGCUUGUUGGGGUUGUGUGCACCCAGCAAUUGUCUUUGCAACAGAAAAAGCAUGGCGAAAAUAGUGGUGGGCCAAAUAAACUGCCAUGGAGCAAGAGCAAGCCUUCGAAGUGAGGGUUUCAGUUGCUUUCUACACUAAUCGAUUUGGGAAAAUUUGGGGUGUUACGUUUUGUAAAUUCCUAGCCAUUUACCUCUCCUGGGCUGAGUAAAGCUUGCUGUGUCUUCCUGCUCUCCUCUGUAAAUUCAUUUCUUGGGAGGAAUUACAUGUGUAGGUGGAUAUUGGUGAGUAAGAAUGAGAGUCCCAGGAGCCAAAUCUAACUCCAGAUCUUGGCCAUUUGGGCGGGGGGUUCAGUGUACCAAGGUCACUGAUUUAAAACCCCCCUGGAAAGAUCCUAUGUCUUCAAAAUCCUGACUCUCCUUUUGCUUCCUCCUUCCUCACCUCCCUCCUCACCUGCCCAUCAGCUAUAUUUAUGAGCCCACAUGUGCCCAGUGCUUUUGUGUGCACCAGUUUGAGGGUCUCACCUUUCCUUAAGUGAUCCAGUAACUCUGAUGUUGUCAAAGUCUGUAUGUUACACUGAUGAGAUUUAAAUUUCAGUGAGUUAGUGUUUCUGGGACUAGUUAAGAGAAAGCAGUGGGAUUCAUUGUCUGUGCAAGGAACAAAUGGACUGACCCUAAAACCUACCAGAUCUAAUAGAACAGCAGAGUAGUCUUUGGCCACGGGACAGAAUUUUGUGUUAGGAGCUCAUGUUUUUGAGGACUUAUUAAUAUAGAGAAGUGUUACAGCCUGCAAGGCACAGCCCACCUCUGAGAGCAAAUUUGAGUGCUAUGCAUAAAUAUGGCAUACGUGUAAACACUGGGACUUUCAGAGGACACUACACGAGCAGCCUGGCUUGCCUUGCCUGUGAGCCUCGCAGCCCUUUGUCAAAUUUGAAUGCCAGUCCAGGGAGUACUGCUUUCUGAUCCACAAUGUUACCUGUGUAAAUAGCUUUAAUUUCUCUUCUCUGUGUCUUAGGUGAAGUUUUGUUCAUGUAGCAACCAAGUAAACAGUGACCAAAUAAGGCUGUUCAUGUGCUGUUGUUUUCUACUGUGAUGUACUGAAGGAGGGCAGCCUUGUGUCCCCCACUGUUCCACUCUCCCAUGAGUAUUUUGUGUGUGUUUGGGGAGAUCCUUAGGUUACUGUUUCAUUCCUGUUUUGCCUCCAAUUUUCUUUGUUUCUUUGGAGACCCAGGGAGGCCCAUAGUGAGGAUCAUUUAUAAGAAUAUGUAUGUCAUGAUCUGGGUUUUCCAAACCUAUCCUAUGUACAGUGAAUUGAGCGGAAUCAGCCUGGAAAUGGUUUCAGAACCAUGUACCUUUAUGCUUUGUGAUUGUGAAACACUGACUUUUGUAAACUCAAAAUGAGAAUUGUUUAGUAAAGGGGAUCUAUUUUGUGUGUUUUGAAACUUAGGUGCGGUGUCCCCUGGAAAAAGCUGAAGAACUGUAUAUGCUCAAUGACAUUUGAAAAUAAAAUACUAUAUAUAUAUGUAUAUAGGA